CAAGAGUCCCACCCUCCGUGGCCGUGAGAGCAGGCAAAGUGCAGUUGCUGGGAAACAGGGCAAAAAGGGCCAAGAUGGAGGCAAGACGGCGGUAGCGAAAAAGAAGAAGGAAGAGAAAGGCAAAAAAGGAGACCAAUCUCGCCUUCAGAAGACAAGAAUGAAGUCCAGUAUGAGCGAGAGUGGUGUUUCUCUCAGCGGCAAGGAGGGAAGAAAGUCAGGCGAGGAUGGCGAGCCGUAUAACGCACUGCUGGACGACGUGGCUGCGCAAGAUGGCAAGCAGUGGUGCAUGGGCAACCUGACGCUGGUAUCUCUAGACCUCACCGAGAAUGCUGCGAUGACGAUGGAAGCCGUCGACCGAUUCUUUGCCGUUCUCCAAUACCAGAAGGUAGCGUGUCAGGAGCGUACCGCACCACGACAGGGCCUCAUGAACCUGCAGUGCUGGCCCAAGUACAUCUGUCCAAAUUUGAGCAGUGACGAGGCUGAUGAGGAACAUGAGUAUCGCAUGCCACCCACGGAUUUUGAAGUUGCAAGGCUGAAGAUGUAGCAGAUGCUCAUUGACAUCAACCCUAUCGAACGUAAGAAGCGUUUGAAGGAAGAGAGAGAGAGGGAAGCAGCCAGUGCUCUGAGUGCUGAUUCCACCACCGCAACGUAGAGAAAAACACCAGAUUCGCAAACGUAUAGGAAAAAGACAGGUCAAUUUUGCCGCUCUCUUAGGCUCAGGCUGUUUGUUUUAGACCACCCUGUUGCCUGAGAAUGGGAAAGCAACAUGAAACCCAGACUUGCAAGCAAGAUUUUUCUUUCUGACUCUACUUCUGCUCCAAUUUCUCUCUCUCUCUCUCUCUUCUCUCUCUCUCUCUCUCUCUCUCUCUCUCUCUCUCUCUCUCUCUCUCUCUCUCUCUCCCUCUCUCUCUCUCUCCAUGUUGUAAACCUGGUGAUGUAUAGUGGCACGACAGGAAAUCUGGUGCACGAA